AUGGCCUUAACAAGGCCUUUAAUUACUGGCGAUAAUUUAGCCGUAGUGGUCAAUGGACCAGGCGACAUGAAAUUGGAGAACCGCCCAGUUCCGGAACCAGGCACUGGUGAGGUCCUGCUGAAGAUGCAUUCGGUUGGGAUUUGUGGCACUGAUGUGCAUUUGUGGCAACAUGGAAGAGUUGGUGAUUACGUUGUCAAGAAGCCUUUGAUUUUGGGGCAUGAAGCCUCAGGGACUGUGCAUAAGUUGGGGCCUGGAGUGCAAAACCUGAAAGUAGGUGACAGAGUUACUAUUGAGCCAGGGGUCCCAAGAGAAUUCUGUGAAUUUAGCAAAAUUGGACGCUACAAUCUCUCUCCAACACUUUUCUUCAGUUCUCUUCCUCCUGACGAUGGGGCUCUUUGUCGGUACUAUGUCCACAAUGCCAACUAUUGUUUCAAGCUUCCUGAGUGUGUGAGCUAUGAGGAAGGUGCAAUGGCUGAGCCCCUUUCUGUUGCGAUACACGCCUGUCGUAGAGGUGGAUUGCGCAUGGGUCAAAAGGUCCUCAUCCUUGGGGCAGGGCCAAUCGGACUUAUGCACCUUCUUGUUGCCAAGUCUAUGGGAGCAAACCCAAUACUGAUUAUUGAUGUGGUGCAAGAGCGACUGGAUAUGGCAAAGUGCAUGGGUGCUUCUAUCACCUGUAAAAUGGAGAAAAACACAUGCCCUCGAGAAAUGGCAUCAAAAGUGAAGGCUGCUCUUUGCGAUAUGCCAGAUGUAACUCUUGAAUGCACUGGGGCAGAGCAGUGUCUCCAGACGGCUAUCCAUGCUACCAAGCCUGGAGGAGUUUUGGUUCUGAUUGGAUUGGGUAACGCAUGUGCAACAGCCCCCAUGAUAACUGCAACAAUCCGAGAGUUGGACAUCCGAGGAGUUUUCAGAUACACUAACACGUGGCCCACAGCAAUUAACAUGAUGGCUUCAAAGAUGGUAGACGUGAAACCUAUGAUCACACAUCGCUUCCCCCUGGAUCAAGCCAUUGAAGCAUUUGAGCUGGUUAAGAAAGGUACGGCACUCAAGGUGAUAGUGCAGUGUGAGGAGCCUGAAGGAGCCCAAAAAGAACAGCAACAGAUGAAGACACUCGAACAGUGUCAGCAACAGUGUCAACAGUUGCUGCAGCAGUGUCAGCAACAGUGUCAACAGCUGCAGAAAGAACAAAAAGAUCAUUGUGGGCGCACUGGUAGCAGUGGUCGUUGCUGA